AUGGAGAGCAGCUCACAUACUCACCUGUCCUUUCUGCCUCCCAGCCAUCCCGACUCACCUGGCGCACUGCUCAGCAAACCGGGCGCUGCUGCGACGGUAGGUGGAACUCCAACCCUGAAUGUCACAGCAGAGGAAACUCAUGAAGCCCAACAGGGGCUCGGUUCAAGGUACAAGGAAGCUGGAACCAUGACCGUCAGCACAGAGCAUCGCUCGACUUCCAAACACAGCCACCAUGAUGCCGGGGUUCAGGCAGUCGCUAUUGUCUGCAGCCGAUCCGUCGGUACUAGCCCAGGCUUGACAUCACAAGGUGGUGUACUCAAGCUUAAUGGCAUGGCAACGGAGAGGCAGGAAACUCUGACUGUUACCUGCCAGAGGAGCAGCAGGUCUGUACCCGUUUACCAGAUCACCAUGGAUGACAGCUGGUCGAGCCAAAGUGGGAUUCUUAGCGACGCAUGCGGGCAGACUGUUGUCUCCUCACAGAUCCAUAGAGAAUCCUCUCUUCUCACCAGCAAGCAGAUCUGUGACCACUUACCAGGACCAGCGCGACAGAAAGGUGGCCAAUCUAACAGUCAAACCACUGGCGUAAUUCACCAUUCAGACCCUGUGCUAAAACCAGAAGGUAAGGGACAGGGAACCACGUCUAAAGAGGCUGUAGACACGACACAAAAAUGGCUUCCACUUUUACAACCCGUGUAUCAGAUCAAUAUUGAGCCCUGCGGCCAAUCAAACAUGACAUCUAGUGCCAGCACCUGCAAUAAAGAGUCACUAAUGUUGGACUCGACGUGUCACCAUAAAUCUGGGACUGAGAGCGGAAGUAGCAGGCAGCAGGGUGCGAGAGGGUGUUUCCCUGGAAAAGCAGAUUCUAACAAUGUGUGCCAAGGCUCUGCGGAAACACGCUCGGUCAUGCCUCCUGCGGUGAGGCCGUCCCCUGCCCAGGUAGACAACCUUUUGCCAGGAGCCCUGACUGUAGCAGAAUCUGAGAAAGACCAGGAGGAAGCAAAUCCUUCACUGUUAAACCCAGCAGCGGAGGGCAAACAGGUGACAGGAAGGCUAAACGAAGGACUUAAACAGCAGGCGCCCAAAAAACAAGAUGGACGUGCCUGUAAAGCGGGUCAGAGUGAGGCUGGAGGAAAGAAGAAGAAGAAGGAGUCGGAGCGGAGCCAAACUAAUGAGGAAGUCAGGAAGGAGCAGUCACAAUCUGGCUCCAGGGGAAAGGCUGGCAAAGCCAAGGGCAUCCAUGAUGUGGUGUGGGACGAGCAGGGAAUGACGUGGGAGGUGUACGGGGCCUCGGCUGACCCAGAGUCCUUGGGCUUCGCCAUCCAGAACCACCUGCAGAGCAAGAUCAAGGAGCAGGAGAGGCUGAUCAAGGCCCAGGUCGAGCGGCGGAGGUCAGAGGCGCCUUGCUCUCCCGCGGGGAAGAGGACCAGGCGGCGGCAGCCCAAAAUGUUCCGGUCCCUGAUGAAAAACGUCCGAAGGCCCAACUGCUGCGCCCGCCCUCCCCCUUCCUCCGUGUUGGAGUAACUCUGGCUCUUCUCAAGUCGACUCUACUCAACUAGGCCACCAGGGUGCAGAACCUUGUUUUUUUACAAUCACUUUUCAAGAUCACUUCAUACUAAAAUAUCACAGUUGUGUGUGGCUGUUUCUGUCGAUAUACAGAACACACAAUAUACAUUUGUGAAACAAGUAUGCUGAUGCAUGCAGGUUAUGACCUUUGACCUGCAGGGGGUCUUCUUUGUCUUCUACUAGUUUUUAGAUUAUUUUGUUUUACCACAGGGUGCUGUUUAACUUAUCAGUAAUCAGUAAUGUCACUCAACUAAAUUAUCUCUAAAAUAAUUUUGAAAAACUUUGCAAAAACAAACCUUGGUUCAAAUUGUUAGAUGAACUCUGAUGUGACCUGUUGCAAAAUGACUUGAAAAACGUAGUGAGAGCAUAAAGUUAAACCGCUGACUCUGACUACUUCUACAGCAGGUGUUGAAGUUGUUCAUAGACAUGUUUCUUCUCUUUUCGCUGCAAAAGAUGUGCCACUGACCCUGAAGAGGUGAUGAAGUGGUCCUAUAAGUAGAAAAGCCGACGAAAGAGAAAUUAAGGAGCUUAAUAUUAAUGAAAAUGAAAUGGCAAUAAUAUAUAGUAAAAUGCAUGUGUUUGCUGUCGCUGUAGUGUCUGAAAUGGCUAAUUAUGUGGAUGCAUAAUUGCAGGUAACCUAUCAAUAUACACUCACUGAGCACUUUAUUAGGAACUCCUGUACCCCUACUUUUUCAUGUGAUUAUCUAAUCAGCCAAUCAUGUGGCUACAGUGCAGCAAUGCAUAAAAUCAUGCAUAUAUGGGUCAGGAGCUUCAGUUAAUGUUCACAUCAACCAUCCAGAACAUCCAAAAAUGUGCUCUCAGUGAUUUCAACCGUGGCAUGAUUGUUGGUUCUGUAACUGCUGAUCUCCUGGGAUUUUCACACACAGCAGUCUCGAGAGUUUACUCAGAACGUUGCGAAAAGCAAAAAACAUCCAGUGAGCGGCAGUACUGUGGACAGAAAUGCCUUGUUAAUGAGACAGGUCAAUGGCCAGACUGGCUACGGUAACUCAGAUAACCACUCUGUACAAUUGUGGUGAGCAGAAAAGCAUCUCAACACGUCCAGCCUUGAGGUGGAUGGUCUACAACAGCAGAAGAUCACGUUGGGUUAAACUACUGUCAGCCAAUAACAGAAAGCUGAGGCUGCAGUGGGCACAGGCUCACCAAAACUAGACAGUUGAAGACUGGAAAAACGUAGACUGGUCUGAUUAAUCUUGAUUUCUGCUGAGGCAUACAGAUGGUAGGGUCAGAAUUUGUCUCCAACAGCAUGAAUCUAUGGACCUAACCUACCUUGUGUGUACAUCCCUUCAUGGCCAGAAUGUACCCAUAUUCUAAUGGCUACUUCCAGCAUGAUAAUACACCAUGUCACAAAGCAAAAAGUCAUCUCAAACUGGUUUCAUGAAUAUGACAAUGAUUUAAAAUACACCUUUUGGAUGUGGUUGCAGCAUGAAUGUGCAGCUGACAAAUCUGCAUAAAUUGCCUGAUGCAGUCAUGUGAACAUGGAACAAAAUCUCAAAGAAAUGUUUUAAACAUCUUGUGGAAUCCAUGACACAAAGAAUUCUGGCUGAGCCAAGGGAGGCCCUACCCAGUAUUAGUUUAGUAUUCGUAAUUAAGUGCUCAUUGAGUGUAUUCAUUUUUGUGCAACUAAGUAUUAUACAUGUUGGUUUUUAACCAAGUCUAAGUAUUUAUUCAUCGUUUCUGAGGGUUUAUCUAGCACCCUGUAUUUCAGCAAAUUCAUAAUAUUUUCUUAGUUUAAAAAAAUGUAUUAAGAAUAUUUAUCGGGAUAACCUAUAAACUCUGCUUGGCACUAUACCUGUCCAAAACCAGGCCUGCGUGUAUUAAGAUGCUCCAUUCAAUUACAGUGUCCUGUUACUUUUAUAUAAUAUAUUAGGGUAAAUAUCUGUAAAGGCAACAUCUGUCUUCUGCAUUGUUUAAUUUUUAAUACUGACAGGUAUUAACAGGUAUAACCCCAGUGUCACUCGGGGGAAGGGACAUUCUGUUAGAUGUGGAUUCUAGAAGUCCAAUAAAAAUCCUCUGAACUUAAAA